AUGUCGAAGCUUAAUGAAGACGUUCUUAUCUUAGUAUUAGAAGAAGUGAAAAAAGAUAAAAAAUCACUUUAUUCAUGUCUUUUUGUUAAUAGAGUAUGGUGUAAAGCGACACUACCAAUUUUAUGGAAAAAUCCUAAUCUAUAUUGUAAAUCAAAUAAAUUAUUUUUUAAUACAUUACUUUUACAUUUAUCCGAAGAAUCAAAAGAUAAUUUGAAAAAUCAUGGAAUCGAACCUUUUAAGGAAAUUUAUAAACGACCUUUAUUUCAUUACAUUUAUUUCUGGAAACAUUUAAAUUUACAUUCAAUAGAUAUUACUUUUAAUUCUAGGACAAUUAUGAAAAAUAUAGGAGAUUUUAAAUGGAAUAUUAUGCGGAAUGAAAUAUUAAAUUUACUUAUUAAUAGAAAUUCAAGUUAUACUCAUCUUUAUAUUCACUCAGAAUUUGAUUAUCAAUUGUAUAAUAAUCCAGGAGUUAAGGAUUGCUUUUUAAGACUUCAACACGUUUCUUGUGGUGAUAAUACAAAACAACAUAUUUUAGAAGGAUUGGCUAGUAUAUGUAAAUCAAUAAAAUCAUUGAGAAUUGAUAUUGUAAUGACCGAUAAAAAUAGUAAUCCCGGACUCAUCAAAUUAAUUGAAGCGCAAAAUAAUUUAAACGUAGUAAAUUUUGACCGAUGUAGAAAUGAUAAUAGUAAUGAAAUAUAUCGUAAAACUCUUGAAGAAUCACUAAUUAAAAAUGCAGAUACUAUUCAAAAUUUAACAAUAAAGUGGAAACCUAUUACUAAUAUGCUUUUACAUCUUGUAAAUUUGAUAAGUUUAGAUAUAAAUCUUAGUUUUGGUAAUCCAUUAAAUCAUUCCUUUGAUAUAAAUUUAGAAAAUGUAAAUUUACCCUUUUUAAAAAUUCUAAGAACUCAUAGGGUUCCAUCUAGAAAUUUAGUUAGUUUAGUUGAAAAUACAAAUGGAAGUCUUAUUGAGAUUAAUGCUCGUAAUGCAAAUCUUAGUGGAAAGUUUAUCCAAGCGAUUUGUAAUAAUUGCCCAAAAAUUGAAUAUCUUAGAUUAUCAAUUAAGGAUAAUAUUUCAGAAUUAGGAAAAUUAUUAAUUAGUUGUAAAUGCUUAAAAGGAUUAUAUAUUUUUACCGAUGCACUAGAUGAAUCCAAUUGGGAUGAAUUAAUUGAUACAUUAAUUCAAUUUUCUCCGAUUAAUUUAUAUAAAUUUAAAUUUACUUCUAUCAAGAAUCUUAAAUUAGAAUCUCUAAAAUUCUUUCUUGAUAAUUGGGAGAAAAGACAUUCAAUGUUAUUACAAAUCGUUUUAAAGGAAAGUUUGAGUAUGUUUAUGGGAAGUCUAGGGCGAGAACAGAAACAGCAACAGCAACAGAAAAAUUUAUUAGAAGAGUAUAAGGGAAAAGGAAUAAUUAAAAACUAUCAUUUUUCUGGAGAAUUUGAAGAUUUUGAAUGGAUCCAAAAAAAAUAUCUUUAA